GGGGUGUUAUAUUGUGCUGCGGAUUACUGGUCAUGUGUUUUUAGGGGUGUUAUAUUGUGCCGCGGAUUACUGAAACUCAUAAGCCGGUAGUUGUUGGAUUAGCUCAUUAUGUGCCUAUGUGAACACAUUCACAAGCACACAUUGAUUUAACGGCUCACGACUCCAGAGCAGUAUCAAACUUUUCGUGUUUUUAAGGCAAAGCAGAGUUUGGUGGUUCAAGCUGUAAAUUUUAAUUGCGUCUUUGUUUCUCAUAUAUUUUUAGUUGCAAUCAAAUCCCUUGUUUGAUCUUAAAACUCUAUCUCUGGUAAGCGGACGCUGGUGGACCCAAACAAACCAACCGUUUCAAGCAAGGGAUAAAGUGGCUGAGCAACACGUCGGUGGUUUUGUAUGGUGUAAAAGAGUAGAGGAGGACGCAAAUUAGAAACACACCAGACUAAUAAGAAAGAGAAAACAGAGGAGCCAAAACUCAAAACCAAUCUGAAUCUGAUGGCGACUUCGGUGAAAGUGUACGGACCACCGAUAUCCACGGCCGUGUCGAGAGUGUUGGCCUGUCUCCAUGAGAAAGAAGUGCCCUAUCAGCUCAUUCCGGUCAACAUGGCCAAAGGCGAGCACAAGAAGCCUGAAUACCUCAAGAUCCAGCCAUUUGGACAAGUGCCAGCUUUUGAAGACGAGGGCUUCGCCCUUUUCGAAUCGAGGUCCAUAUGCCGGUACAUAUGUGAGAAGUAUGCAAAACAGGGAAACAAGGGAUUGUAUGGGGAAAACCCAUUGGCAAAGGCUUCCAUAGAUCAGUGGAUAGAAGCUGAAUCACAUGGCUUCGGUCCUCCAAGCUCCGUUCUGGUGUUUCAGCUUGCAUUCGCACCGAGAAUGAAGCUGAAGCAGGAUCAAGGGGCGAUCAGGCAGAACGGAGAGAAGCUGAAGAAGGUGCUGGACGUGUACGAAGAGAGGCUGGGUGAGAGCCGGUUCUUGGCGGGUGACGAAUUCACUCUGGCUGACCUUUCUCACUUGCCCAACACACACUACUUGGUGAAUUCCACCGAUAUGGGAGAGCUGUUUACUGAGAGAGACAAUGUGGGCAGGUGGUGGUCUGAGAUAUCUAGCCGAGAAUCGUGGCAGAAGGUGGUUGAAAUGCAGAAGCCUGCUUGAGAGUCCUUAACACUUUGCUCGGGUUUAUCUUUGCUUUGCUCGUUUCUUUUUUCCAAUAUUUGUUCGUCGUGGCUAAUCGCAAUACUUAAUCGGAACUUGACGGCUUGAAUAAUAUGUGUUCUUCAGCCGGAAACCUUUUCAGAUUCUGCUGGAUUUGGAGGGAGUUCUUGUUCUGCCUCUCUUGAUUAUGUACUGGAUUAUCUAAAUCAAUAAAUCUUAAAUUUAUCCAA